UAUUUUUUAAUCAUAUUUUAAUCAUCAUACAGCGGAGGUACCGCAGCCCGAUAAAUACAAUAAUUACUGCAGUGAAAAAAAUUAAUGUACAACCGAACAAUCAAAAACAUUUCAAUACAAAUAUUAUUUCAAACAAAGUGUGAAAAUUCUGCAAAUCUCUACUUGUCUAAAGGAGCUCCGGUGUUCUCAGAGGUGUUUCCAUUAUGACUGCUAAUCAAAUCCGGAGAAAUUAAGCCUUUAUUUUGAAAAGAAUAUCAUCAAGCCGGAAAUCCCUCAUGAGAGCAGAACGCGAGCGUUAGCUUGUCGGCCGUCCAACGCUGCGUGUCGUGCGACCGUUUUCACAGCAAAAAGAGCGUGUGGAAACGCUGCGUGUCUGUCAGUUCGGCCCGUGAACGCAGCCGAGUGUCCGCCAGCAUCAUGUCCAGCAUCCAGCUGCUCAGGGUGGUGCUGAACGAGCGGCUGUCCGCGGCCGCGGAGGAGAUCUUCGAAGCGGUUAAAAAAGCCAUCGCGGGCUACGAGGAGGAGAUCCUGCUGUCCAAACGGGAGAUCCGGCGGCAGCGCAGGAUGCUGCAGACAGUUUUAAACCCUGAAAUAAAGAUAAACAAACACUCAGACCAACCACAGCUGGCCCUCUCUGUCUGGGAUGAGGACUUCUCGUCCAAUCAGCAGCAGGAACGCUGUGAUCCGGAGUGGAGCUCCGGUCAGAACCAGGAGCCUCCACGAACUGAAAAGAGCCAGGAGGCGGAGCAGCUUCGGGAGCUGGAGGAGGACGACACCAUCAGGAUCAUCUUCACUCCUCCGUACGUGAAGAACAAGCUGGACCAGCCUCAGUCCCAUUGUGAGAGCACUAAAGGAGAAGGAGACCCCCUGCCGAGCACUUCAGCUGAGCAGGACCAGACCACAACGGAGGGCAACGACGGCACCUCCUCUAGCUCCUCUGUGACCGACCACGACGACAGCGACGAGGAGUGGAGGGGCAGCGUCGGAUCUCAGAGCGACGACAGCGACAGCAUCCGCAAGUCGAAGAAGUUAAAGGGACCUCGGCUACCGAAGGCCCCUAAACUGCACCCGACUAAAAAACCUAAAUCGCGAAUCUGCUGUAAAGUCUGCGGAAAAGCCUUUCACGCUAACGUCUCAUUGGUGAACCACAUGGAAGUUCACCCCAAGGACGUCUGCGGUGUGUGCGGGGAACGUUUUGACACCGAGGAGAGCUUUCAGGCCCACCUGAAAACACACGUGAAAGCCGAAAUCUGCAGCUUUUGCGGGAAAUGUUUUGGAUCUUCCAGCUCGUUGGAGACGCACAUGAGGAUCCACACGGGGGAGAAACCGUUUAACUGCAGCGAAUGCGGAAAGUCCUUCAACUGCCGCCACAACAUGAUGCGACACAUCAGGAUUCACACGGGGGAGAAGCCGUACUCUUGCACCGUGUGCGGCAAAUGCUUCAAUGACUAUUCCACGCUGAAGCGCCACCUGCUGGUUCACCUGCACAAGAAGACCCUUGAUCCAAGUAAGACGUCUGCGAACGAAAACGAAAAUGCAGACGAUGCCGACAAGAAGAGCAAGACUUCAUCACCAAAAAAGCAGCAGACUCGGACCAUAUGCGAAGUGUGCGGGAAGAUGUUUCACUCCAUGGUUUCGCUGGUGAAUCACGCCAAAAGUCACGCCACAGACCUCUGCGGCGUUUGCGGGAUGCAUUUCGACUCAGAGGAAAACUUAAAAAUCCACCUUAAAACUCACAAAAACGGGAAGGUUUGCGAGGUGUGCGGAAAGUGUUUCGACAGUCAGGGAAACCUGGAGAUGCACAUGAGGAUCCACACGGGCGAGAAGCCGUUUCUCUGCAGCGAGUGCGGCAAAUCCUUCAACUGCCGACACAACAUGACGCGACACAUCAGGACGCACACGGGAGAGAAGCCCUACCUGUGCAACACCUGCGGUCGCAGUUUCAGCGACCACUCGUCUCUGAAGCAGCACAGCAGCACGCACACCGGAGAGAAACCACAUCGCUGCGAGAUCUGCGGGAAGGGUUUCCACCGGAAGACGUACGUGAGGCUGCACAUGAGGAGCCACACGACCGAGAAGUGACUGUCGGGGUGUAAAUGCAAACUGUGAAAAUAAAAGCUUGAUGUGCUC